AUACACUGAGCAGAUGAGCCUAGAGCAGCAGCCCCUGAUCAUGUGACUCCUCCUCCAUGUGACUGAUCACAUGACGGUGACAUCAUCGCAGGUCCUGUAAGCACACGGCUCCUCUACAGAUACAGGUUUCUCCAAUCCAGGAUCCUCUGCUGAUAUCUUCUAUAUAAGAGAAUUCUCCUGGAUGACCCAUCAACCAUGGAGAGAGACAGGAACAAGAUGGCCAACAGGAUCAUAAACCUCACCCUACAGAUACUCUUCCGGCUUACUGGAGAGGAUUACACAGUAGUGAAGAAGUCCUCUAGUGGGCGCUGUCGGGCCCCUGUGUGUGAAGGAUGGGGAAGAACCCUGAGCCCAAUCCCGGGGCCCCCACCUAACUCCCUGAUACAUGAGGAAAUGGAUGAACAGAAGAUCCGAGAACUCAUCAACAAGAUGAUGGAGCUGCUGACUGGAGAGGGUGAAGAUCUGAACAAUAUUAAAGCUCCAGAGACAGAUGUCAGCGGUGAUGAGCAGUAUAAAGAGGACAUUCCUACAGGAAAAGAUCUGAACUAUAUUAAUGCUUUAAACAUAGUAGUAAAAGAAGAAGAAGAGACGGAUGUGAGCGGUGAUGAGCAGUAUAAGGAGGACAUUCCUACAGGGAAAGAUCUGAUAUAUCGUAAUACUACAGACAUAAAAGAAGAAGAAGAGACAGAUGUGAGCGGUGAUGAGCAGUAUAAGGAGGACAUUCCUACAGGUACCUGCCCAGAUUCUUGUACCAGGAGAUCAGAGGAGAAUCUUAUAUCUUCAGAUUAUAAAGCAGAUGAUGAUAUCACACAAGAUACAUAUGAAGAACAUUCCAUUAUCCCAGAUACACCCUCAGCCCUUCACAGCCAAGAUCUGUCAUCUCAUCCUUAUAUACAGGUCCUGUCUUCUCAGUCAUCACAGGAUGUUCAGCAAAAUAAAGGUCACAGAAGGGGUGUUGGACAUGAAAGAGAUCAUACAGGAAAGAAAUCAUAUUCAUGCUCAGAAUGUGGGAAAUGUUUUACUUUUAAAUCAGGUCUUGUUCAACAUCAAAGAAUUCACACAGGAGAGAAGCCAUUUUCAUGUUCAGUAUGUGGGAAAUGUUUUACUCAGAAAUCAGACCUUGUUGUACAUCAAAGAACUCACACAGGGGAGAAGCCAUAUUCAUGUUCAGAAUGUGGGAAAUGUUUUACUUUUAAAUCAGGUCUUGUUGUACAUCAGAGAACUCACAAAGGAGAGAAACCAUAUUCAUGUUCAGAAUGUGGGAGAUGUUUUGCCCAGAAAUCAGAUCUUGUUAAACAUCAAAGAACUCACACAAGAGAGAAGCCAUUUUCAUGUGCAGAAUGUGAGAAAUGUUUUACUGAUAAAUCAUAUCUUGUCCAACAUAAAAGAAUGCACACAGGGGAGAAGCCAUUUUCAUGUUUACAAUGUGGGAAAUGUUUUACUCGGAAAUUAAGUCUUAUCGGACAUCAAAGAACUCACACAGGGGAGAAGCCAUUUUCAUGCUCAGAAUGUGGGAAAUGUUUUAUCCUGAAAUCAAUUCUUGCUGUACAUCAAAGAACUCACACAAAAGAGAAGCCAUUUUCAUGUUUAGAAUGUGGGAGAUGUUUUUCUCGGAAAUCAGGUCUUCUUCAGCAUCAAAAAACUCACACAGGGGAGAAGCCAAUUCAGAGCACAUCUAUAUAUUAACCAUGUACAUAGGAUAGUUGACAGUAAUACUUACAUAUAUAUAUAUAAUAUGUCAUGGCUGUAAAUGUUUGCACCCCUGUAAUUUUUCGAGAAAAUUAAGUAUUUCUCACAGA